AUGUCAUAUCGAAGAAACGUUGAUUUGCAUAUGCCUCUACAAGUUGACGACCUAACUGAAAACUCUUUCAGCUACUCUGAUAGAAAAUACGAUUCUUUCACUAGCCAAGAAAGCACAAAAUUUGAAUUAAUUAAACAAGACCUAGGAAAAGCAACUGAAGCCAUUUCUUCAUUAAGAAAAGAAAGAGAUGCCUUACGUGAAGCUUUAAAGAGAAGUUUAUCAGAACGAGAACACAUAGAAAAACACUACAAUGAAAAGCUUCAAGUUUUUGAAAUAGAAAACAUCAACGGAAGAAAAGCCAUCCGUGUAGCUGAAGAAUUGAAAAUGAAAUGCGACGCUCUACAAGAAGAAUUAAAAAAAAUGAACAAAUUAAACCAAGAAAAAAGCAAAAUCAUCAAUGAGCAGGAAUUUAAAAUCAAUGAACUAAAUGAGAGGGUAAAUAUGCAAAUGAGUGGAUGGGAACAGUUGCAGACUGCAAAUCAAGCGCUUAGAAAAGAGCUGUUGUCGAGUAAUUAUGUAAAAGGAAAUGGGAAGUUUGAAGAUGACGGUUUAGGGAUCGUACAGAAAAUUGCGCAGUAUGUGAAUUAUAUCAUUGAUAAAGUGCAUCAGUCCCCAAGUGUGUAUUCAAUGUUUAAGUCAAGAAUGGUCGGCUCAAAAAAACUGCGAGAGUUAGUAGAAAAAGAAGAAUUCCCUGAUAUUUUGUUGAGAAUGAUGAAAUUUAUAGUAGAUCUGAUUAAUUAUUAUGGAGUCAGAAAAAAUUCACCAAUCAGAAAUUUUUCUAGCCAAGCUAAUCAAGGACAUGUAUCAAGUUCUCCAAAGCUAGAAACCUCCAAAGAAGAAGCCACAAAUACUCAUUAUGACUGCGAAUCCUAUUACAUUUCUCCUUCUCAAUCCAAGACUACUUCAGAUCGCAGCAAAAUAUCUCAUUCCAAAUCUGACAAGCUAAUCCAAACCCAAACUGAAAAUCCUGAUCUUAAUAAUUAUUCUUAUUCUCCGUCUCGCAUUGAAAAAUAUGACGCUCCUUCAUAUAAAACUGAAGACGAAUAUUCAAAAUUAAUUGGAGAAAGCCAACAAUUACUGACUCCCCCCCCCCCCUCCGUGAGCGAACAAAACCAUUAGAAAAAUCGCCAUUUUUUGACCAAAAACCCACCCUCCGUGAGUGAACAAAAAUUUUUUUAAUAGAAAAAAUUUUAAUGGAAAAAAAUUUUGAUAUAUAAGUGAUAAUUAGUAUAAUGAAAUCUAGAGCUAAUUCUGUUUAAUUUUAAACAAAUUGCGUUUUAAAAACAUAAAUUUUGCAAAUUAAAUUAAUAUUUUGCUUCCCAAUUUUUGCAAAUUAGGAUUUUUUUAAAUUUCGAAAAAAAAUAUUUUUAUAUAAAAUUUAUAUAUAAAAAUUUUUUUAAAAAAAAAAAAAUAAACCCCCCUCCGUGAGCGAACAAAAUUUUUUUGUUCGCUCACGGAGGGGGGGGGGGAGUGUGAGUAUUUUAGAUAAACAAAACUCGAGACUUGCCCAGCUAAAUCAGCAGAUUUCGACGGCUGUUACACCUAAGGAAAGAAUUGAUAAUGAAGAUUUUUCGAAUGAAUCGCCGAUGCUAAAUAGGGGGAAGUGGGAUAAAAAUAAUCUGGGAUUGAUAAAAGAAGAUGACAGACUGGUAAGAAGAAGAUAUAAAAACAAUGAGUAAUUUUAAUGCAGGAAACAAAGAAGUAAAUCACCUGAACCGCAGCGUCUGCCAGAUCGGUUUGAUGAAUAUAUGAUUCCAAGCUUGAAACAUACUGAGCAAUGGGAAGGUGUUGCCGAUUUCUUUUCUUCAGAACAAAAAAGCCCAAAAGUCCCAACAAGCCCAGAUUCACCUAAAUAA